CCGUGAGAGUCAAAUUCGCAACUUUUUUUUUUCCAGACCGUUGGAACAUUAUACCAAUGAAAUCGAAUUGCUUUUUUUGUUUCAAACCAGAGGAACGAAAGUACUAAGAGGUGCAGAAACAGCAACCAUGGCAGAGAUUUCUGGUGCUGUGCGGCGACCACAUCAGCCCAGGAAUCAGACUCUCGAAUCUCUCUUUGCAGCCUUUGAUCCAAAGGCUUUUCUGCUUUCUACGAAUUCAACUUCAAGUUCAAGCUCAACAUCAACCUCCUUCCGAAGUUCCAAUUCAGAAACCAUGGCCGACACUACUGCCGCUGAUCUGAAACAAAACAAUCAACAAAGUCACACUCUCGAAUCUCUCUCUGCGGCUCUUGAUCCCAAGGCUUUUCUCCUCUCUAAGAGUUCAACUUCAUCUUCUUCGGCGGAGAGUAUAAGUGCCCAGCCACCAACAACCCAUCAGUCAAAUCACACUGUAGAAUCUCUCUUCUCAGCCCUCGAUCCCAGUAAUUGGAUCCUCUCUCAGAAUUCUACCUCCACCCUACCCAAGCCAUUAGAAUUUACUCUGGCCGAUUUUGCUAUGGAAAGGGGACCGAGAUACAAAGCUUACGCUGAACUGAGAGAAUCAAAGCUGAGGAUGCACAACAUGAUGAUCAAGCAACACUACUCCGAUGAACCAAAGUCGAUGGUGACACCUCCUAAGAAAAGGGUAACGUUUCAGGAGACAAUAGCAGGUGGUGUGCGCAACAGAACUUCAGCUGUUGCUCAAUCAGUGCCUGAUUUCUCAGCUGUUCUGAGGAAAGAAAACAGAAGGCCACCAUCGUCAAUAGCAUUGCCAUCGAUGUUGGAGAUGACUCCACGGCCUUCCAAGACUUCGAAACUCUCUGCAUUCUCGUCAAAACAGGGGGGUAGUAAAUCUGCUAAUGCCGGAGAGAAGAGAGGUGGGGGUGUAAUGAUGAGAAAGAGUUACGCAAGCUUUGAUGAACUCAAGGGAUUGUCUUCUGCUGCUGCCUCUGCCAUUAACGGUGAAAACAGAGGAGGGAAGGGCAACAAAGGAAUCAACAGAGCUGUUUUGGGUUACAGACAGUUCUAAUUGUGGACCCAUGGUCUCAAUUCUCAUCAUUUUCAUACACGAUGCGUACCCUCCACUUCUAAUUUUCAUCUAUUUCUUUUCAAUUCCUGGAUCGUAUGAUAUGUUUCACCCUCUUGUUUCUUGUUUAUUUUGAGAGGAUUGGUUUUCCUUCUAUUUUAUUCUUUUACAGAAUAGUUCUGCCAUUUUUUGUUUUCCAAAUUUUUUGUUUUCCAAUCCCUCUUCAUGUGUAUGAGUGAACUAUGUAUGGAUGUAUACUGGAAUUGACAACGAAUAAUAGAAUGGAAUUUCUUGGCAGCAAA